CUGUACAUAUUUCCAAACUCAUCUUUCAGUUGGGAGACACAAUAUAAUUUAGAUCAAAACAUAUUUUGUUGCUGUAGACAUUACACAUCUUUACACUUCGAAUUGAGCUUUUCUUGUACUUUUCCUGAAAAUUAAAAUGAAUCCAUUUAAAUGCGGUGAUGACACAGCUGCGGGCUCCUCGCUGAAGGAAGAAAACAACGGGGGAGCAUCGGAAAACCAGCAGAGCCUCGACCAACAAUCGGCGAAGGAAGCUCCAGCUCCUGGAGUCUUGAAGCAGAGUGACUUCGAUGGUAUCGUCGACAAACUAACGAAUCACUGUAAACGCGUGGAGGAGUUUAAGCGCCGCACUGAGACGAUGAUGAAGAGCUACAUGAAGUUUGUGCCACUCUAUAACGAGGCCAUGAAGCUGUAUGCGGCCAAGUUAGCGCUGAGCAAGCAGCAGAACGCCAACCAGACGCCGGAGGCACUGACCGAGAAGACCAUCGAGGAGUUGCGCACUAUUGACCAGAAGCUGGUGGCACUCACCGACAAGAUCAACGAACACGCAAUAGAACACGCCCCUUAGGAGGAGCAGUACUCAACGCCAAACCCAUAAAGCAGGAAAGUGCUCGUAUA